CUUACUUCUUGUGUAAAAUCCAGGAAAACUUGACCUGACAGCCUGACAUGUUUUUAUCAAACAAUACAGAUCAUUUAAAUUAGUUACAAUACAGCAAUAAAAGAAACUCUUGCUCAAUGCACGUGCAUCACAAAUGGAUGAAUAAAACAUUUUUCUUCAAUGGACUGGAUAGGUCCGUAGAAUGGCUUCAACAACAGAAAAUCCGAGUGAGGAAAACAUCAAAUGUGUAGUGGUUGGGGAUAAUAAUGUGGGUAAAACACGACUGGUUUGUGCGAGAGCUCACUCUCAAUAUGGACCCAACAAUAAGUAUCGGAGAUAUGGCGGAACUCAUAUACCUACUGUAUGGGCAAUCGAUCAUUAUAGAAAUGACAACGAUGUUCUAGAUAAAGCAAGAGAUUGCAUUGAUGGAGUAAAUGUGUCCUUACGAUUAUGGGAUACAUUUGGUGAUCACAAUAAAAAUCGAAAAUUUUCUUAUGGAAGAGCUGACGUUAUUAUAAUUUGUUUCUCUAUAUGCGACUCUAAAUCUCUUCAUAGCGUCAAAACGUUUUGGUAUCCUGAAGCUCGACGGCAUUGCAAAGGAGUCCCAAUUAUCGUUGUCGGAUGUAAAAUAGAUCUUCGUUUCGCAGAUUUGGAUGAUUUGAACAAGCAUAAAAAUACUCUUGCCAAGAAAAUAUCCUCUAAUGAUAUUCUCUAUCCCGAAAUUUGUCGUCAGACGGCGAGUGAAAUUGAAUGUCCAUAUUAUGAAACAAGUGUUUUUAAGGGAUUUGGAAUUAAGGAAGUUUUUGAAAAUACUGCUCGUGCUGCACUAAUGUACAGGCGCAAGAUGUAUUUAUAUCGCAAUGUUCAUUUACGUCAUGUGCAAAAACCAUUGCUUCAAAGGCCAUUGAUUCCACCCAAACCAGAACCGCCGAAAAUGCUUCUUCAACUUCCCGAGUGCUCUUUAAAUUUUUCUGCUUUGUUCAAUAAUCCUACUUACUCUGAUUUACUUGUUGUUGGAGAAAAUUUUAAAUUUCAUGCUCAUAAGGUUAUUCUUGCCAUUUCUUCGGAUAAACUUCAUCGCUUAUUCACUCUGUGCCCAGCUAAUCAUAGAACAACUGAAUCCGAAUCAUCUGAGCAAUUAUUAAAAAAAAAAGUUAUGGCAGACAAUUCAUCAAAUGACGUUUUUAUUGUGACUAUUAAAAAUGAGUCAAGCCAUACAAUUGAAUGUAAAAAUUUUGAAGAUCAGGUUGUCCCUGAUUUACUUGAACCUACUGAAAGUUGCACAACAAGCCCAGAUAUUAUUGAGUCAAACUCCACUUCUUUAGUUUCAGAAGAUAAACGAAAAAGCACUUUUUCAUUUCUUUCAAGCUACAAAACAAAGGGUGAUCAAACCGACUGUGAUUUGUUACGACUAACGCCAGAUAUCUCUCAGUUUGCCUUCAUGAAUAUUUUGUACUACUGUUAUUAUGGAUAUUUAAGCCCUGAUGUACUCAAACCGAAUUGGUUCAAAGAUAAUAUCCAACAGUUCACAGACCUUUUUCUGGCAAGUCAGAAAUUUGGGUUGCUUCAACUGUCUAAUUUACUCACUGUGGUUUUGAAUGAUGAGUCAGGAUCAAAACUAUUACUCCAGAAAUUUGAUCAUUUUAGAAAAAAUGCUAUACGUAAACUACUUCUCGGAAAAGAGCUUUUCUCUGAUAUAACUUUUCAAGCUGAUGAUGGAAACUUGUCAGCGCAUAAAGCUUUUCUCGUUUGUUCGUCUGAAUUGAUGAGUGCAAUGUUUGGAAGUCCUUUCGUCGAAAGUGGAAAUAAAAUAGUACCCCUUCCUGGUUCCACAAUUUCUUGUUUGCAAACUGUAUUUGAGUUUCUUUAUACGAAAACUGUUUUAUUAUUUCCAUCUGAAUAUCUUGACGUCAUUGCUCUCGCAAAUCGACUUUGCUUGCCUGAUUUGAUUAAUAUGUUGGAGAUCAAUAUUAUCGAGGAAUUCAAGAAAAAGUGUGACUUAACGAUGACUCGUGAUCUUCAUGAAAGCAUUGUGAUGAUGUUAGAAAUAGCCCAGCUGCAUAAUGCUCACAAUCUUGCAGAGUGGUGCAUCCAUCACAUUACUAUUAACUACAAUGAUGUAUGCCGCAAAUCAAAAAUGAUUAAGACCAUGUCGCAAGCGAAUCAAAGCAUUUUGGAACAACUAAGGUGGCCUCCGGUUUGGUAUAUAAAAGAUUUUGAUAACUACGAAAGGGCUUUAAAAAAGAAGGCUUUGCAAGAGAAAGAAGAACAAAAAGGCAAAGGAAAUAAAAAAUCUUGACUGAUUGUUUUCAUACGCUGUUGUUGUUGUUAGCAUAGUACAUUCCAGUUUUCUUGACUAAAGGUUUUACAUCACAAAUUGUAUCAUACUUUGGUUUCAGCUGUGAUUUCUCAGCCAAUAGAGCCGAUCUUACCCUAACCCAGGGUAUUCAUGUUGUCAUUCACUGAUUUUGCUUUAAAUAGAAUCAUAAACAAUAGAAAUACCCAUGUAUUUAAUAUAUGAUAGUUUUGGAAAAAAUUGCCUCCUGCAUAGAUGGCUUCAACCAUUAUCGGAAUGACAUAUUAUUAUCCUUCAGUAUUUUCUAUCAUUCAUCUUUAUUCAGAAAUACUCGUCAUGUAUAAAUGACUCUAAAAGACUAUUACAGUACUGGAUUGAUAUGUACUGCACUUUUAUUUUUUUUAUUUUAUCUAUCAUUUAUAGUUGGAUCUGGUGUAAAUUUAGUUUCUUAUGUUCCUCUUUUCUUCUUACUAUAUUUUUUUCCCUUCUUGGUCAGUAUUACGCAAGCAAUCUGUACUUUUGUAAUUGUGAUAUUAUUUUAUUAUCAUGCCAAAACACUGACCACAGUAGAGCUGCCUGUUCUCGUUAUUAUCGAACCAUAUGUUAACUUCCACAUUGCACUUAAUGAAAUUGCAAAAUGAUGAGUAAUUUGGCAGUGAGGUAAAUAAAGAAUUCUGUAAAUCUUUUUAUAGAAGAAUUUAGAUUUAAUCAGUAUUUUCACAUCUAAAAUGAAAGAUUGGUGGAAAAAUAAUUUGAACUUAUAAUUAAAUUAUGGAAUACCUAUUUUCUCUACCCAUUAUAACUUAGACCAUUUAUAUUUGGUGUGAGACGUUUUAUUACGCUAUGGUUCCAAUGUAUUUGUUUUUUCUUAUUCUACACAGAAUAUAUUCUAUAAUAGUAGUGUAACAAAACUUCAAUAUUUAAUUAUAAUAUAUCAAUUUCUGUUAUUAUAAAUUCUUUCAUUUCUUGCCCUCCAUAUUCACCUGUGUGUUUCAUUUUCUCUUUAUAAUUAAUAGGUUCCGGGUGUUCUGUAUAUCACUCUUCUUGAGUUUUUCUAUUCCAAGAUUCAUUUUAUGUAUUCAAUAGAAUUAUCAAUAGUUGGUGUUGUAAUAACAUAUGUAGUCCAUUGUUAUACUCAUACAGUUAGUUUGGAAAAGAAACCUUUUUUUAUUUUACUACUUUCCUGGAAAUUCAAUACCACAAAAUGUAGGAGUGAUCGAAUUGGUUAUUAUCUGGCCAUUAAUUUUUAUUUUGGAUUUUGUACUGUAAUUGGAUCAGUAAACUUGGAAAAUUGAACUAAAAUUUAGUUGCGUUGGACAUUAAUCGUGAUUCAACUCUGAAUCUAAAAUACCUUUUUAAAAUUUUAUUUAAACUAUGUCAAUUUCUCAUACUAAUUUCUAUAGUCAAUUUGGAUAUAUCAUACAUAUACUAAUAUAAUUAUGGAUUUCUGAAUUUGAUGAAUAUCUGUAUAUUAUUACAUCACACUGCAUUUACUUAUAUUUUUAAUAUUUUAAAUUGGCCUGAUAUUAGAAUGCUGGUGUUUCCAAUCAUUCUUUAUUUGCUUAGAAUUCGAAAACUUAAAAAUACCACGAUUUGUUUAAUCAUCUGUUUAGUGCAUUUAUCAUUUACAACCAUGUUGAUAAUUAAAUGAUGUAUACUAGAAUUGUAUUCUAAAACCUUAUAGGUGUCACUGCUCAAAACUUUUUUGAAUCAUUCUCAUGUUUCGUGUGCACAUUGUAUUUGUUACGUACUGGUAUGUUCCCAGAUCUUCCAUAUCCCUCUAUUUUUUAUUAAUGGAAGUGUCACAUUGAUGUAUGUAAUUGUAAAUAUCACAGUCACAGACUCACAGCUCAACAAAAUUCAUCGGUCAAAUUUCAACGUCUCUGAUUUUCAAAAUGGAAAGAAAUUCUACUUUCUGGUAAUGAUAGAUAGCGCUGGUCGCUUCUUUAUGUUUCAUAAUAUGAUUGUAAUAUAUUUACUUAUAUUUAAAAGGUCUUCGAUUGUAAUAGUACCAAGUGUGAUUUUUACAGCCUAUUAAUAAGAGUAGGCUAUUAACUUGGUCAUGAUUGGGUAUAUUUAUGCCAUAACUGUAUUACAUUUGAUUCCAACUCAAAUGUUACAAAUGCUGCCUGAAAUACAGAUGUUGACCAUGGUACGAACCACAGAGUUUGGUAUUUGCUUCCUUUUUUCUUCUGAUAUUUCUCCUACAUAAAUCACUAUAUCUUCAUGUUGAUCACACCUGAAACGACACGAACAUAAAGGUUUUCUUUGUGUUUUGUGUUACCAGUUGAGAUAUUGUAUGUUUUAAUCUGCUUGUCUGAUGGCUUAUAAUUCCUAAUUUCUAAAUAAAAAUAUUCUAACUUAUUCCUAAAUUUAAAAAUUCAAUAUAUAUCGAAUAUAAUGAAUUUUUAUUGUAUUCGAUUCGUUUUGGACAAUCCUGGUUUAGAUUCUUUAUUUCUCUUUGACUGACUGCUUUGUUUCAUACAUUUGGGAGCUUGGUAUCGGUGUGCUUCAUUUAAAUUUAUUCGUUAUCUGACUUAAUAAUCUACUCAGAUUAGUAGAUUAUAUUUUACAGUUUGUUCAAAAAUAAAACAGUACAGCAAAUAUAGUGCAAAAUUUUAUAGCUGUCUUGGUAUACUUCUGAAAUAUAAUAGAAAUAUUUGACAAUGUGAUUAAUGUGUUUUGGUAAAAUAUAUUAGUAAUACAAUUUCACAGUCAUUUGUAUAGCUUUGUGCUUGCAAGAAUACUAUUUUUCUUCGUGCCUUAUUUGUUUUUCUUUUGCUGCCUAUUUAUGUCAUUUGUUUCAAUUUCUAAAAUUAAAUUUCAUUCAAGUUUUCUGUAUUUUCUGAUAUGUCUGUUAUCAUCUUUAAGGUAAUGCUAUCAAUUUGAUUGCAUUAGAAUUAGUUAGGAAUGUCAUAUUCAUAUUUGAUGGACGGUUUUGUGGGGCUCUGAUGGAUAUUUCCACUGCCUUUCAUAUACAAUGGGUUUAAAAUGACUGUUUUGGGGGGUUUAUCCUGAUUUAACUCAAUUUAUUAUGACAUUAGUAAGAUUAUGAACGAAAGUUGACCUAGGGAUGAAAUUCAAAAUUUGAACCAAACCAACUUUGCUGAUGUUGAAGCUUUAUAGUUAUCACCACACCACGCAUGUCAUUUACUUUUAUUAUUGGAGUCAUAAGAGAACUCCUAUAUAUUCACAGAUGCUUGGUGGACCUAUUCGAUUAUUUUAUGUACCGGUAAUUGUUUCUCAUGUUCAUUUUCCAUUGAGAAUGUUACAUCAUAAUGUUAUAAUUGCAUUUGCUAUUUCUUUAUCUGACUGAUAGCUCAAAUUGUGAUGUUGAGGAAAGUGGGCUUCUGACUUCUUGUUAACAAAGUAUCUUUCUUUACUGUUUAUUAAACAUAUAUAUAUUGUUGUUUCAAUAUUUAG